AUGUCGACCUCUAACGGCCAUGUUGGUAAGACUGCCGGCGUCGUGAAUGAUACCUCUACCUCAAUCAAAGACUCCUCGGAGAUCCAACCCACAAAAUCCAACAUUGGCGUCUUCACAAACCCGAAACAUGACCUUUGGGUGGCCGAAACGUCCCCAACCCUUGCAGAAGUCCAAGACGGGAAAGACCUAAGAGAAGGAGAAGUCUACAUUGGCAUCAAAAGCACAGGGAUAUGCGGCUCAGAUGUCCACUUCUGGCACGCAGGGUGUAUAGGUCCCAUGAUUGUCACGGACAACCACAUUCUGGGCCAUGAAUCUGCAGGCAUCAUACUAUCCGUCCAUCCUAGUGUGACAAAUUUGAAACCUGGUGAUAGAGUGGCCAUUGAGCCGAAUAUUCCAUGUUUUAAAUGCGAGCCGUGCUUGACGGGAAGGUACAAUGGGUGUGAGAACGUGGAGUUUCUCUCCACGCCGCCCAUUGACGGCUUAUUGAGGAGAUACGUCAAACACCCCGCCGUGUGGUGUCACAAGAUCGGGAACAUGAGCUAUGAGAAUGGCAGCCUGCUGGAACCUCUUUCUGUGGCGUUGGCAGGGAUGGAUCGCGCUGGCGUUAGGCUGGGAGACCCCGUGCUGGUAUGUGGUGCUGGACCGAUUGGUUUGGUUACGUUGUUGUGCUGUGCGGCUGCGGGUGCAUGUCCCCUCCUGAUCACCGACAUCGAUGCCGGACGGUUAAAAUUUGCAAAAUCCCUGGUGCCACGAGUCACGACAUUCCAGGUCCCCAUGGGGGUAUCUGCGGAACAAUGUGCCGAGCAAAUCGUCUCCGCAAUGGGAGGUAUUCGACCUCGUGUGGCGAUGGAAUGCACCGGCGUUGAAUCGAGCGUCAACUCGGCAAUCUGGUCGGUCAAGUUCGGCGGCAAAGUCUUCGUGAUCGGCGUCGGCAAGAACGAGAUGAUGAUCCCCUUCAUGAGGCUGUCCACGCAAGAGAUCGACCUCCAGUAUCAAUAUCGGUACAGCAAUACGUGGCCAAAAGCGAUCAGGCUGGUGGAAAGCGGUGUGAUUUCUCUGGAGAAAUUGGUCACGCAUCGGUUCAACAUGAGUGAUGCAGUGGCCGCCUUCCAGACGGCGAGUGAUCCAAAGAGCGGAGCCAUCAAGGUCCAGAUCAAGAACGACGAUAGCUUAUGA